ACACAACUAGUAGUCCUAUAUAAUAAUUUCUCUUUUUUCCCGGUUGAAAGACCAAAAAUCAAAAGACGACGACAAGAUAGUAGUAGUAAGAAAACAUGUACGGACAUAAUAUCCGCCGACGGCAAGGUCACGGCGGAAGUAGUAGUCGGAAUGUAGAGUCAUCGCUGCAAGUGAUCGACGGCGCUGUAGUGAAAGCUCACACUGAUCUUAUCGCCGCCGGUGAAAGCGUGUCGGCAUGGAGAGUGGGGCAGUCAGCGCUGGUGAUAUUGAAAGCUGUUUCGUUCGAAUCGUUAGGGUUUUAUAUGCAAAAUGUUCCUUCACUGUAUCGGAUUAUGAUCACUGAAGCAAAGGUCAACUCUUUUAUACAUUGCUUUGUUGGGGUUCAAAAGAUCACAUCACUACAUGAUUUAGAAAUUGCUCUAUGUGAAAGUGAGGGAAUCAAGACCUUUGAAGAACUCCAGUUGGGACCUAUGUUAAAGCAUCCAUUAGUGGUGCAUUAUUUUUCACUAGGACCUGAUACCACAGAAAUAUUCAAGAUUACAUGUGAACAAGUUGUUUCUCAUCUCAGUAUGCUUCUUCGCAAAAGGAAAAAGAUCACGGUUGAUGACCUUAUGGAUCAUAUAGCCAAAAAACAGAAGCAAAGCCGAGAAAAUCUUUGCAUUAGAAUACAAAGUCUGGGUACGCACAUCGGCAAUAUCAUUCGUGGAAGAAGAUCUGAAUUUACUUUGCUAAAGAAAUGUUCAGAUGGGUUAGAUGUAAAGGCAAUUCUUGAUGACAAUGAGGAUGAUGGUGAAAACACACCACAAGAUGAUGACAAUGAUAAAAAUAAUGGAGUGCAGGAUUCUCGCACAUUUUUAUGCCAAGCUGGAACUAGUUUUGACUCUUCAGCAGUGGCAAAAGAGCCACGCGUAUCGUCCAAUGGUUGUGUUGUACCAUUUGAAGGGAAAAAAAUAUCUGAAAUUAGUUUUUGCACAACAAUCGCAAUUCAUAGAACACCUAAAAUGUGGAUGGUUGGGAUCAAGUUCAAACCAGAGUUUCAAAGUGUUGAUUUUGAAACAGCAUUUAUAGAUGAUAAUGCAGUAGAUGGGUAUACAUGGAGGUUUAUUCAGAUCUGGAAAGACACUUGUGAAAAAGAAAAUGUAGUUGAGGCAUUUAGCAAAAUGCUUGCUUUUUAUCAUGGUCAAAUGAAGCCAAAGAAGAAAACUAAAGCUCUAAGUCAAAUGAUUAUGUCAUAUCCUUAUGUUGGAUUGCUCAAUGUUGCUAUUGCAUCUAUAAAGUUUGGUUUGUGGGAUCGUAUGAGUACCAUCCCUCAAGCAAAUAGAGGAGUACACGCAAAUACAAACGAAAAGACAUGUGCUGCUGAUGCUAACAUGGAUGUGGAGCUAGCUGAAAAAGAUGUUAUAGUUGCCAAUAAGGGUGUUGCUCUUGAAGAUAUAUUGCAGCAUGUCAAGACAUACUUUAUGGUUUCUAAUCAUACUCUUGACAAUAUAAAUUCUUACGCAAAAAAACUGUUGGUUUUGUUGAGGGAGGUCUACAAGCUAGAGUGUUCUCUAACUCAAUGUUUUUCUGUUGACGACUUUGAGACUCUCGGUUUUGGAGACAUCUUCACUUUCUUGGCUGAACAUAUUUCUCUACUACCUACCGCAUGGCGAAUUUGUCUCAGAACUGAUGAGAAAACUGAGAAGCCUUCUGUAAGAGUUUGUAUGAGCCAACGCUAUCUGCUUAAAUUCUUAUCCGAAGCUGCUAACAGUUUAGAGGAAAAUGAAUUAUUAAGCAAGCUAAUGGUUUCUGAGUUAUUGAGAAUGCAGUUCCCUUCUGCUGGUCUUGUUUUGGUAGAAGACGAUUUUACUGCAGAUCUUCUGACUACCAUGAGCAAAAAUGGUGAUAAUGAGAGCUCAAGCAUUGUGUUAUUUUCUGCGAAUUUGUCUAAUUUUAGGGAAGAAAAUUAUUUUUCAGAUACUCAUGUUGGCACAAAUGAUGCAGUCGAACUGUUACUUGGAGCUCCAAUGUUGGUAGAUUUAACCUCAUGGUCGUUGUGGGACUACAAAUUUGCACCUUCGUUAGGUCCUCUUACGGAGUGGCUGUUGAGUGAUUUGGCCACUAAGGAGCUGCUUUGUUUAGUAACAAAGGAUGGGAAAGUUCUGCGCAUUGAUCAUUCAGCUACCGUGGAUUCAUUUCUUGAAGCAUUUCUUCACAGUUCUUGCAAAACAGCUGUAAGUCUUGUGUCUUUGAUUGCAUUAUACGGAGGUGAGAGAAAUGUACCACUGUCUCUUUUAAAAUGCCAUGCCAAGAAUGCCUUUGAAGUCAUGCUGAAUGUUUCUUCAAAGAAUGUUGUUCAAUCAGUGCCUGUUGCAUCAAGAUUUGUUCUUGAUUGUCUUUGUUCUUUGCCCAAAGAGUUCAGAAGUUUUGCAGCAGAAUUAUUGGUUUCUGCUUUACGUUCGAUCAUCAAAGAUGCUACGAUGUUGAUUUUGAGUGAAUGCAAAUCUAAAGAUGAUCAUCUGAUGAUCCAUGAGCUUGGAUUGUUGCUAGGCAUAGUGGAAUGGUUUGAUAGUUAUUGUUCAUGUUUAUCCGAAUCCAAGAAAUCGCUUGAAAAUCAUAGAGUUUCUUUAGAACGUGAAGCCAAUCAGUCUCUUGAAAUCAACCAACCUAAUGAUGACUGUAAAAGAGAUCGUAUGAUGACUCAGAAGGUGCAGGUUGUUGAUGACAGUUGUAUUCCGCCAAUGUUAGACCCUGAGAGUGAGGUUAAUGCGGCUAAUAUUAUCAAGUCUAUCAGAAUGGAAGAGUUUGGUUUAGACCCAUAUAUUUCAGUCACAGAAAGUAGAGUUUUAGAGAAGCAACACGCUCGCUUAGGAAGAGCACUUCAUUGUCUUUCAGAAGAGUUGUAUUCUCAGGACUCGCAUUUUCUCCUGGAGCUUGUUCAAAAUGCUGAUGAUAAUGUGUAUCCAAGAAAGGUGGAGCCUACUUUGACAUUCAUUCUUCAGGAAAAAAGUAUUGUUGUCCUGAAUAACGAGAAUGGAUUUUCUGCCGAGAACAUCAGAGCACUUUGUGAUGUUGGUAAUUCUACAAAGAAGAAUGCUAGUGCUGGGUACAUUGGCAAGAAAGGCAUCGGAUUCAAAUCAGUCUUCCGGGUAACUGAUGCUCCCGAAAUUCAUUCUAAUGGAUUUCAUAUCAAGUUUGACUUAACCGAGGGUCAAAUCGGUUUUGUUUUACCAACGAUUGUGCCUCCUUGUGAUAUUGGCUUGUUCAGUAACUUGGUCUCAUCCAGCAUUACUGAUCAAGGCAAUCAGCAAAAUUACAAUACAUGCAUUGUUCUUCCCUUGAAGUCAAAGCUAACCGAAACUUCCACUCUUGAGAACAUCACUUCCAUGUUUUCAGAUCUUCAUCCAUCUUUAUUACUUUUUCUUCAUCGUCUUGAAUGUAUCAAGUUUAGAAACAUGAUUAAUGAUUCAUUUGUCAUCAUGAGGAAAGAAGCUGUAGGAAAUGGAUUAACCAAUGUUUACACUGGGAGCAAAACACUGACUUGGUUAGUCGAGUCUCGAAAAUUGCAGGUUAAUGGUAUACGCAAUGAUGUCAAAACCACUGAAAUUUCGGUUGCAUUUGCUCUUGAUGUAUUGAACAAUGGUAUUUACUCUCCGAUACUAGAUCAACAGUAUGUUUUUGCAUUUCUUCCUCUUCGGACGUAUGGUUUAAAGUUCAUCAUUCAAGGUGAUUUUAUUCUUCCUUCUUCAAGGGAAGAGGUUGACGGUGACAGUCCAUGGAACCAGUGGCUGUUAUCAGAGUUUCCAAGCUUGUUUGUCAAUUCAGAGAAGUCUUUCUGUAAUCUUCCUAGUUUUAAGGAUUGUCCUGGAAAGGGUGUUUCUGCCUUUAUGAGCUAUGUUCCGCUUGUAGGCGAAGUGCAUGGUUUCUUUGCUAUGCUUCCCAGAAUGAUUAUGUCGAAGCUUUGCACAUCUAAUUGUUUACUUCUUGAAGGGAAAAAUGACAAAUGGGUCCCACCGUGUAGUGUUCUUAGAAACUGGAAUGAACAAGUUCGUACUCUUUUGCCUGAUAGCUUGAUUCAGAAGCAUCUUGGCCUUGGAUACUUGAAUAAGGAAAUUAUUUUACCAGAUUCGCUUGCUAGGGCAUUGGGUAUCAAGAAUUAUGGGCCUAAAGUUUUGGUUCAUAUGUUAUCUUCGCUAUGCUGUACAAAAGACGGUUUAACAUCAAUGGGCCUUAACUGGCUAUCAUCUUUGCUUACUGAAUUAUAUUCUGUGUCCCUUCAGAACUCUGUGGAUUUUAAAGCUGGCUCUGAUAUUAUAAAUACCUUAAGAAAAACGCCUUUCAUUCCUCUUUUAGAUGGUUGUUAUGGUUCGCUCGAAGAGGGUAUGAUCUGGAUGAAUCUGGAUGGUUCAUGGAGAAGCCUGGAAGCUUUCACACGAUUGUUUGCCAAUCUUAGAAUUGUUGAUCCUGCUCUUUUUGAUGGCUCAAUUACAGAGAACUUGGUUCAAAUGCUUUCUAAAUUUGGGGUACAAAGAUUGUCUGCACAUCAAGUAGUAAACUCACACAUUUUGCCGGCUAUUUGUGACAAAAAGAAUACCGUGAAUAAUGAUCUGAUGACAGAGUACUUAUCUUUCAUAAUGGUUCACCUACAAUCUAGCUGCUCAGAUUGUUGUAAUGAGAGGGGGCAUAUAAUUUCAGAGGUUUACAAUAAAGCUUUUAUUUUGACAAAUCAUGGUUUUGUUCUACCUUUUGAGGUGCCAAUUCAUUUCAAUAAUGAUUUUGGGAAUAACAUUGAUACGGGGAGGUUGAUCAAUGGCAUUGAUGUAAAAUGGUAUGAGGUUGAUAAAUCUUAUUUGAAGUAUCCAGCUGGUAAAUCUAUGCUUAAAUGGAGGAAAUUUUUGAAGGAUUUAGAGGUCACCGAUUUUGUCCAAACAGUUCAAGUUGAGAAAAUGGUUCCUUUUUCUUCUCAGUUUGUUCUCACAAAUAUGAUGUGGCAGAAAGUGACCAUUCCACCUGGAUCAACUGUCAGUGAUUGGGAGUCUCAGGAGCUGGUUGAUUUAGUCAAAAACGUGUCAUUGAGCGGUGAUUGUGAUAAAUGCAAGUAUCUAUUGGAAGUUCUUGAUGAAAAGUGGGAUGCCUAUUUCAGUGAUAAGGCUGUUGCUUAUUGCAAUAUGGAUGGAGAGCUUGAACCAUUCAAGUCUUCACUAGUAAGUGCUCUCAAUGAUGUUCGGUGGGUGGCCUCUAGUUUGGAUAAUGGGUUUUACUAUCCAAAAGACUUGUAUUAUGAUUGUGAGACAGUGUGCUUGAUUCUUGGUGAUAAUGCUCCUUAUGCUGUCCCAAAGAUUCAAAGUGAGAAGUUAAUUUCUAGUAUUGGUUUCAAGAGAACUGUUACCCUUAACGAUGCUUUAUCUGUUCUGGAAAUUUGGAAAAGAUCUGCCACAUCUUUCAAAGCUAGUGUAUCGCAGAUGUCCAGGUUCUAUUCGUUUUUAUGGAGCAAAUUGUCUUCUUCAACCAAGAUAAAUAUACCAAAUUUACUCUGUGGGGCGUUUAUAUUUGUUCCUUUGUCCUCAGCUUCUUCAAGUGAAGUUGUGGCUGGUGUGCUUUUAUCCCCAGAGGAAGUGUAUUGGGAUGAUACUAUGAUCAACACACAAUGUGAAUUCAGCAAAAUGUUAAGCAACUUAUAUCCAAGCCUCCAUGACUUCUUUGUUAACAAAUGUGGUGUCAAGGAGAACCCUCCAAUUUUAAAUUUUCUUUCCUUCUUAUGUCACCUAUCAACUGUAGAUACUCCAAUGAAGGCUGCCAAAAAGGUUUUUGAUGUUUUUGUAAUGUGGAGUGAUGGCUUCAAAUCUGGUGGUCUUAGUUUUGAGGAUGUUGAAGCGUUGAAAAGUAAUCUUGAAGAAAAGGAAAUGAAGGUGCUUCCAACUGCCCGGGAUGAAUGGGUAUCGCUACAUCCAUCAUUUGGACUCGUAUGUUGGUGUGAUGAUGAGAAGCUUUCUGAUGAAUUCGAGGAGCUGAACAAUAUCAAUUUUUUUAGUUUAUGUGAACUCACGGAUGAAGAAAAAGCUAUCCUUAAAGUGAAGGUUUCUGCUUUUAUGAAAAUGCUGAAAAUCCCUGCUCUUUCAGAGAUUGUUACUCGUGAAGCAAUAUAUUAUGGGCUGGCAGACAAUAGCUAUCAAACUUCGUUGGUGAGUUGGGUUCUUCCAUAUGCUCAGCGUUAUAUAUCUAAUGCUUAUCCUCAAAGAUAUCUCCAACUCAAGCUGUCUGGAUUUGAACAACUAAAGCGACUACACAUUGUUGUCGUUGAUAAGUUAUUCUAUAAAAACGUUAUACGGCGAUCAAAGUUGGCAUCAAAGAAGAGACAUGAUAUCAAUUGCCUUCUUCAGGAUGAAAUAUUGUAUAUGACACAUGAAUCAGAUUCUCAUACAAUAUUCAUGGAGCUUUGUCGUUUUCUGAUGAAUGGGAAUACGGAGUUACACUUGGCAAAUUUUCUUCACAUGCUUACCACUAUGACCGAAUCGGGUUCCACAGAGGAACAAAUAGAAGCUUUCGUCCUAAAUAGUCAAAAGGUGCCAAAAUUACUGGAUGAAGAACCAGUAUGGUCAAUUCAACCUAUAGGACCGAUUACCUGUAAUGUAGAUAAAUCACCUACACCCCGUAUUACUGAAAAAAUUGUCAAGCCCAGUUCAUCCUCUCAAAGUAAAACGAACUGGCCACCAUCUAGUUGGAAGACUGCCCCUAAGUUUACAUCUUCAUGCAUGAAUCGUCCAAAAUUACAAGCUGAUGCCAAAUUUGAUCUUAACGAGUGUAGCAUAGAAGAACAUGUAAUGUCGACCGAUCAGGUUGAAAAUAUACAAAGUUCCACGAGUUCAAACAAUGAGGGUCAUGGUGCCAAGGUGAUUCUCAAUGUUAAACCUGGUUUGGUCGACCAAGAUGAUUCUCCGAGUUUUAGUCAGAAGGGUCAGCUUUUGCAUGGCACAGCCAAUGUGCAACAAGCGUUUCUCACAGGGAGAAGAGGCGAGGAACUAGCAUUCAACUAUUACUCUAACAAAGUUGGUAUCAAGGCUGUAAAAUGGGUGAAUGAAGUUAAGGAGACCGGGCUACCAUAUGACAUUGAAGUUUAUGAUGAUCACAAGAACCGAAAGGAAUUUAUUGAAGUUAAAACAACCGAAUCUGCAACAAAGGACUGGUUUGAAAUAUCAGUUAAAGAGUGGGAGUUUGCAGUUAAAAAAGGUGAAUCUUAUAGCAUAGCUCGUGUCGUUAUGUCUGGUGACAACACAGCCAAAGUCUCUAUAUUUCAGAAUCCAGCAAGGCUUUGUCAGAUUGGCCAGCUUCAACUGGCUGUUUUGAUGUCAAAGGAGCAGAAAGAUGAGUUUGUUAUUUGAUGAUGUACGUAGUUAUUUCUAGAUGUUCUUGCAUAUAUCUACUGUUUCGUGUACGAUGCUUGGAUGUCUUCUUUUGUAAUACAUUGGAUUCAUCUGAGCAUCUUUGUUUGUAUGGCUUUAUCUGUUUGUUGCUAUAUUUCCUAGUUCUCA